AUGCCUGUUGUUGCAGGACCAGCUGCAGGGGGUCCUGCCGGUCCCUCGACCUUUGACAAGAUGAAAAUGGGCGCCCUGAUGGGAUCCACUGUCGGUGGAAUCAUGGGUUUUAUCAUUGGAACCGUGACCGUCUUCCAGUACGGCGCUGGCCCCAACGGCGUCAUGCGCACCCUGGGCAAGUACAUGCUGGGUUCGGGUGCUACUUUCGGACUGUUCAUGUCCAUCGGUAGCGUCAUUCGCACCGAGGGACCUUACAACGAUGCCUGGCUCCGUGCCCGCGGACCCCCAAUGAUGCUCCCCCGCGCGAGCCCUCUGCGGCCGGUGCGCCAAUAA